AUGGGACAGCAGUCUGCCCUCGAACAGAUAGCGGCACACGGGCUGAUCCCCAAUAUUUGGCGAUUGGUUUCAAGUUAUCUAUCAGAUGGUAACAGCGUCAGUGAGGUUGAAAGUGGCCGAGUUGCAACGUUCGGACAAGAAAUGUGUGUUCAAUUGUUGCACAUGCUUGCUAUCUUGGGAAAUGCUUCGCCGAUGUUGGGCUUGUCCUUACUGCAGCAGCAGAAUGUUGGACAGAUCUUGAAGAGUAAAAUCCUGACGGAUCGUAAUGGCGAAUCCUCGACAGGAACUGAACGCAGGAGAAGCAGAGUUGAAAUCUCUAUCAAAAUCGCACCAGAGCUCCUGAGGGCCAUCAUGGCGCUGACCACGUCCUUGCUUCCGAACCUUCCUCCUCUUCCACCGAAAGAGAGCGUACGUGAAUCAAAAGCAGGUUCAAAAGGAGGGACCAAGAAGAAGGGCUCCCCCACAUCUUCAAAUGCGACUAAAGCAACAGCGGAUGAAAGUCACUGGGCCACCAACAGUCAAGUGAUGCAAAGCUUUGGUGAACAGAUGUUGGAAGCCGUCUUGUCCUCAGCUUCCGUUUCCAUUGACAGCCAGCUGCGAUACGAUUCUCUUGCAGCUCUGUCAACACUCUGCUAUUACAUGCCAGAAGAAAAGAUCAGGGAACUAGUGCCUCAAGACAAUAUUUGCGAACUUAUCUCGAUGUUGCUGGCUUCUGAGUCAAAUGGAAUGCGAUUCUUUGCGCUUGUCUUGAUACAUAACUUGAUUUCGAAGUGUCAGGAUGUGUAUAUGCCUUUGUUGUGCAGAGAAGGCAUUGUUUUUACAGUGCACAAACUUAUGAAGGAGAAUCGCUCUAAGAACAAUUCGCUCGGUUCUUCGAAGGAUGAUAAGAUCAGUUCAUCGCCUGGAAAUCCCAUUUUAGAGAGGACAAACAUUCCGGGGAUCUCCAGAGCUCCUUGUCCCAGGGAUAGCAAGAAUGAAGCAAAAUAUGGUCCGAUGCUGACUUUUGUAUGCACGAAAUAUUUCCCAAAGACCGAUGAUAAAGAGGAUGCUUGUGGAGGCUUAACUCCGCUGGUCAGUAAGUUGAAAGAACUGGGAUCUUCUUUGUUGGAAGCAGCAGGAAAAGAAGAUGAGCAGAGUGCCUAUCAAUACCUGGAGCAGAUCCUGAGUCACUUCGAUGAUAGUGCAACGGUCUCCACAUUCGAAAUGCGCUGCUCUGGGAUAUGCGAAACUAUCCUCAAUUAUCUCACGUCCAAGGGAGGCGAUGGUAAUGAACAAUCAGAAAGAGCAAGAUCUAGCGCCGAAUCAGAUAGAUCACGAUCACGAUCAAGAAAUGCUCCUCGUGGUGAACCAAAGAAGGAGAAAAGCAUAAACCCAAGCAAGGAGAUCUUGGAAGCAAGGCGGCAGAAGUUUUUCUCCAUAGUGAUGAACACGAAAUCUGGAACUGAUGGUCAUGUUACCUGCCCCGCGAAAGUGUUGAUACACAAACUUGUCGCUGCAUUGAAUAACACAGAUGGGUUUUGGCUAGACCCUGCAGUCAUUUCUUCAGAAUCAGAAGCAUCUGGAGUGAGGCAGCCAAGGAUGAUGAUGCAGGCGCUUAGAUUGAAGUUCCAGAGGAGCGCGAGGGGCGCAUCUUCUCUCAAGGAUUAUGCCAAUCCGGUUGUAAUUGACCCUUCUGCAAGUGUAUCUGCCAUCCAUGACUUCCUGUGGCCAAAAGUUCGAUCAAGAAACAGCGAUGGUAUGCUUGUGUCAAGUAGAUUUCUUGGCUUGGAUGCCGGUGAGACUGUUCGCGCUUCUGCAAGCACCAGGAGAAGCUUAGAUGAUGAGAGUCAAUCUGAAGCAGUUUCGAGACAAUCGGCUCAGGCUUCUGAAUCAGCGAGUGCGUCUGCUACCAGAGCAAGCCGAACGAGGCGAGACGUGGCAAAAAGCUCGAAUCCUGCCCCGAGGGCGAGGGAGAGUAACAGCUCUCGAGCUUCAAGAGAGACUGCGAGUACUUCACGUGGAGAUGAAUCAUUGCAAUAUCUACAGAGUUACUUCGCAGGUUCGAAUUCAACUGACCUUGGCCUAGAGUCUUCGAUGAAUGCCAUGAGUGAUGGAGAAGGAGAAGGUGACGCUGAAGGAGAUGAGAUGGAGCUAGAGAACGUGGUGAGGGCGACCUUAUUCGGUGAAGAGGGCAUGGAUGAUGAAGAUGUGUUCGAGGGAGAGAUGGAGGAGGAUAUCCUACUUGAUGACAGCAUGGAAGAUCCUGUGGAAGAGAACCAGAUGGAAGUUCUAGACAUCCACGUCUCCAACUCAUCCAACCCACAGCCAAAUCAAUCCAGUGCUGCGGUUGAUCAAUCGAGGGAAUCCCAGUCUGCCUCGCGGUCGUCCAGGUCAGGUCGUACCAACAGUCAGCGACAGACGGAAUCCGUAUCAAGCAGGGAGCCACCAGCCAGUCAUUCUUCAGAACCACCAGCAGCAGCUGACUUGGAAGCAGCAUCGAGAUUGAAUGUAAACAACAGGCCAGGGGGAGCUACAAGCGGACCAUUCUUGCGCCUGGCCGUUGGUGGAAUCGAGCUGGCAAACCAUGACAUGUCAAUUCUUGAGGCAGUUUUGCAGUCAUUGAGCACUUCCAAGUCCCAGACUUCUUUGCAGGAAGUGCAGAUUUCACUCUGGAACCGGAUACAUGUUAUCGAAUAUGCGCUACAAGGCAACGAGAGGUCGAGAUGGAAGUCAAUGAAGCAGCCAAAUUCAGGAAUAUUAGGCCUGGACGUCACCCAACAAAGCACACUGGUCACGUCGAGGGCUUGGUCGCUUCUGGAUACCUCUAUUAGUGCGAAUCGCUUCUCAGAUGAUAAGGGGAUCCCGGAGACAACCAAGGCGAUGCUGCGCUUGAUCACUAUGCUCUUCACCAUUAACUCGGACCUCCCACUGACUGACCCGCGGCGAGUGAAGCCGAACGAGAUGAUUGUGGGUAACUUGUCGUUCAAGGCAUCGCUGAUGGUACGAGAUCCCCUGCUCCCCUAUAUCCACAAAGUUCCUCAAUGGAUCAAAGUGCUGCUGGUGGAUUAUCCAUUCCUCCUUGGGCAUGACGUGCGGCAAACGUACUUCGACCACGAGGCUUUCGGUGUUCUAUCAGUUCUUCGAAGCUUGUCUCGACACGACGGUAGAGAGCGGCAUCCUGGACAAUCUCGUCCACGUCAGAAGGUGAGAGUUGGCCGCAAGCACAUCUUGGAAUCCGCCAAGAGAGUCAUGGAGGUUUUCAACCAACACAACAUUCCUCAAGGGUCUUCCUUGGAGAUCGAGUUCUCUGGAGAAGUUGGGACUGGAAAGGGCCCGACACAAGAAUUUUUCACUUAUUUUUGCCGGGAGGUGCAACUGAGAUCGCUCGGCUUGUGGUGGGACUCGACGAACUCUGACGCGACUCACUUCUGUCCGGCCAACGGUCUCUUUCCUGCACCUCUGAACCCUCUGGCGUCCGAGGCUGACCGCACAAAGAAGUUGGAGGCAUUCGAGGUCAUUGGAUGGAUUUGCGCAAAGGCGAUUCAUGAUGGGCGGCUACUGGAUCUCCCGAUCUCUGGUCCCUUCAGCCGAGUUCUUCUUGGGCACCCGUUGGAGGAAGGCGACUUGAAACUCCUCGCUCCUGAGAUCUAUGAGAACUGGAAGCGCUUCAAGGCGAUUGCCGACGAGAAAAAGAGGAUCGAAAGCGACAAUUCAUUAACAGCUGAGGAUAAGGCUGCAAGAAUCAAGGCUCUCACUGUAGAUGGUGCAGCCCUCGAGGAUCUCUCGAUCGUCUUCACCGUCCCAGGCUAUGACAUGCCUUUGAAGACCAACGGGGAGAACGAAGUUGUUAGUCUUGAAAAUGUGGAGGAGUACGUGCGGCUGCUGCCUCAAAUCAUCCUAGUUGAUGGGGUUCAGCCUCUCUUCGACAGCUUCCGGAAGGGCUUCAGUCGUGUCUUCAAGGUUGAAUUCCUCCAAGUUUUCUGCGUCGAUGAGCUCAGGGAGGGCUUGCUGGACUGGAACCCGGAUACCUUGCUGCACGUCUUCAAGUUUGAACAUGGAUACAAGACGACAAGCCCGGCAGCGCGGCAACUCGUUGAAGUUCUGGCUGAACUCCCCCUUGAAUCCAAGAGAAAGUUCCUCAGCUUCUGCACUGGCUGCCCCCGCCUGCCAGUUGGAGGAUUCGCUGCCUUGAAGCCUCCGCUAACCGUCGUCAAGAAAGAACUUCCACAAGAUGCUGCGCAGAAUAUGUUGGACCAGCAGCUCCCAUCGGUCAUGACAUGUGCCAACUAUCUCAAACUGCCCGAGUACAGUUCGCCCAGGCAAGCGACUUUCUCUCUUUGUGCUUCACUGACUGCGAGCUACAGCAUCAUGAAAGAACGUCUUUGUGUAGCGUUUCAAGAGGCGAACGGCAGCUUUCACCUCUCAUGA